AUGCUGCAGAAACACGCAAAAAACUCAGUCCUCUCCAAAAAUGCACUGACCAAAGAACAAGUCAGCGUGAACCCCCGGCAAAACAGAUGCACUCUGUUCAUCCAGCAGUUUAACAAAGAAGCUCAAGAAGGAGCAAAUGAGAUGGAGGCCAGGAUGGAGAACAUGUUGGCGAUGGUGGAUUAGGUUUUCAAAGUGGAACUAUUGGAGAUGCCACCUUCUCUGCAAAACACACGCAUGGGGGAAAUAAUAAUCAUUACUUUAGCCAGUGACGUCUCCAUAGCCAUGAAUAGGGAGACCCGUGACAUAUAUCAACCCCUGAGGAGGGUGCCCAGUAGAAAAGAGAAACUAUCUGAUGAUGCACUCACAACAGCACUGAAAGUCUCUUCUGGUGAUCUGUCCUGCUCCGUGGCUGGAUGUGCUCCACAUGUCACUAUAACCACAUCUGAGGGACAGAUGUUCUGCUUUUCUGAGGAGACCAACGAUAACAUUGACUUCAAACUGCUGGAUGGUGUUGCCUUUCACCAGAUCCAGGAGCUCAUGAGGCUGAUGGAUUAUCUCACCAGCAAGGCCAAAGUCAACGGUGAAGAAUAA